AUGUUUUCCUCAGAGAAGAAGAAUGGAAAUAAGACGACGGAGAAUAAACCGUUGCGUAAGCCAUCGCCGUUGCUCCCACCGACCCCAAAUCCGAAACUUCCCGAUGAUUUGCUACUGAGAUGCUUCGCACGAGUCUCGAGAUUGUACUAUCCGACUCUCUCCCUGGUCUCCAAGAGCUUUCGUUCUCUGCUUGCUUCACCCGAGCUUUACCAGACUCGCUCUCAGUUAGACCGCACGGAGAGCUGUCUUUAUGUCUGCUUAACGCUCCCUCCUGACCCUAAACCUCGCUGGUUUACUCUAUGCAGGAGACCUAAUCGAACCCUAACCAAGAAGAAGAAGAAGAAGAAGCUAAGUAGCAACCUUUUGGUUCCUGUCGCAUCUCCCCGUUCAGCUCCUGUUCGGUCGAGUUUCGUCGCUGUCGGUUCUGAUAUCUACCAAAUUGGCGGACUCAUCAGAGGCGUGUUGCCUACCUCUACCGUCUCGAUCUUUGACUUCAGAUCUCAUUCGUGGCACCAAGCUCCAAACCUGCAGGCCGCCAGGGUUCACCCUUUCGCCAAGACCAUCGAUGGAAAGAUAUAUGUUAAAGGAGGCCGUAGUUCUAGUAACUACAGAUCAGCUAACUUGGUAGAUGUUUUCGAUCCAGAAACCCAAACUUGGACACAUGAAUCUAAAGAAUGGAACUCACUGGAUGAUUAUCAUGGAGUAGUAUCGCAGUGUUCAUCUUUUUGUUGUUUGAUAGAUAACGUCUUGUAUCGGUAUGACGGUAAGGCAAGGGACUGGAGAAUCUUGAAGGGUUUGGAAGGAAUGUCUGAGUUUUCUAUUGGUUGGAGUCAGUUUCGAUUGGCGGAUUAUGGUGGAAACAUGGCGGUUAUAUGGGACAGGAUUGAUCGUUCUAGCGACUGUAAUAAGGAAACAACAAUUUGGUGUGCGGAGAUUGCGCUUGAAAGGUGUGGUAGUGAAGGGAUUUCGGGAACUGUCCAGUGGUCUGAUGCUGUGCUUAAAGUCCCCACGUGUUUUCGAUUUGUGGAUGUUGUUUCUGCUACUGUUUGA